CGUCCCGUGCCUCUCCCCUGGAAGCCGCUCUGUGUGUGUGUGUGUGUGUGUGCGUGCGCGUGCGCGUGCGCGUGCGUGCGUGCGCGUGCGUGUAGCUCUAACGUGUGUCUUCAUGUCGGUCUACAGGAACGCGGUCUGGUUCGUGAAGGGCCUGCAGGAGUACACCAGAAGUGGCUAUGAAGCGGCGUCUCAGCGCUUCGUGACCUCUGACCUGGAGGUGGACCUCAGUGGGAGGUCCUUCAUGAUCACUGGAGCCAACAGCGGCCUGGGGAAGAGGACAGCGCUGGAGGUCGCCACCAGAGGGGGAACCGUUCACCUGCUUUGUAGGAACCAGAGUCGAGCUGAAGCCGCCAGACAAGAAAUCAUGGAGCUCAGCAAGAACCAGAACGUCCACGUCGUCGACUUGUCCAACGCCAGAGGAGUCUGGGAGUUCGCCCAGAGCUUCUCUGAGAGCAGCAGCCUCCAUGUCCUGGCUCUGUCUCGUGGCUGCAUGGUGGACCAGAGGGAGCUCACUGAAGACGGGCUGGAGAAGAACUUCGCCACGAAUACACUCGGUGUGUCCUCUGUCACUACGGCGCUGGUCCCGGCCCUCAAGAGGGCCCAAGACCCCAGAGUGGUCACCGUGUCUUCUGGCGGGAUGUUCACGCAGAAGCUGAACGUGGACGACCUCCAGUUUGAGAAGGGGACGUUUGACGGCACGGCGGCCUACGCUCAGAACAAAAGACAGCAGGUGAUUCUGACGGAGAGGUGGGCCUCUCAGCACAAAGAGAUCCACUUCUCCUCCAUGCACCCCGGCUGGGCCGACAAUCCAGGGCUGCAGACCUCCAUGCCGGCCUUCCACGCUAAGAUGCGUUCCCGGCUGAGGACGGAGGCGAUGGGCGCCGCCGCCGCCGCCGCGCAGCAGCCGAGCGGACUCUUCUUCCAGGACCGGCGGGCCGUGGCCGCUCACCUCCCUCUCGCCUCCUCCCCUCAGGAGGAGGAGCAGCUGCUGGCGGCGCUGGAGUUCUCCCUGAAGUUCAGACCGUGAACGUCUUCAUCACCUUCAUCACUCCUCCUCAACAUGUUUACCUGGUCCAGUGUCGUGUGUACAGGACUGCUGUAGAAUAUAAAGUAUGUAAACUAUGUUGUAGACGGACGUUUAUUCCUGAAGAAAGUAAACUGAUCUUUAAAUUUCAAACACCA